GAAAGUCAUUCACUUUAAUGUUCAGUGGGAGUUAAGUGUAAUCCAUGUAAUUGCUAGAAAGCUAGGCAUCUUAGCACAGGAAUAAUUACACUGAACAUUAGUAAUGAUAAAAAUAUCAUUUAUAGCGGCCUAUUAUAUGGAUUUUAAAUACAUCAUCUCUGUCAUGAUAAUCCCAUGAUAUAGGUUCUAAUAUUACCAAUUUUCAGAUAAAAAAAAAACUAAGGCCCAGAGAACUUGGGUCACUCAAUUAAUAAGCGGCAGAGCUAAUUAGAGUCUGGGUCCAAAGCUUAAGCACUCUUCGUCUUCUUUAUAUUUGGCUUUUUCCUAGCCAAAAACAUGGAGGCAUUGCUUACUUUUACUUUAUCAUUGUUAUCUUGACAUAACAUCAAAAUAAUUAGGAGCUGAUAUACCUAAGUGUAUAAAACAGGAUAAAAUUAAUUGAUGAGGAAUUAGAUAAGGAAAAUAAAAUCAAACUAGGGGCAAAUUUCAUGUAUAAAAAUGUGUACUGUGCCAUACAUUUUGUAAGUGGAGUCUCUAAAGAUUGCUUCAUAAGGAAGAAGUGAAUAAUGACUUUGGGAACACUUGGUAACCCCUAGAACUCAAAAGAUUGGGUGUGAGAAGUUAUUAAUAAGCAUAUGUAUUAGGCAAAAUACAGUGAGAUGAACCUGGAACAAAUGCUCGCUGAAUGCACUUAGAAAUAUUAUCAGGCGACUCAGCCUAUACAGCAUAAGGGUUAGAAUGUCUAUUUUAAGAAGGAGCGGAUAUUUACUAAACGCUAAUUUGAGCAAAGUUCUACAAAAAUAUCACUGACCAUGAAUAUUCAGGCAUUGACAUGCUACAAAAUAGCAUAUCAAAAAGAACAUCUGUUGCCCUAAAGAUGGUUUCCUGCACAGAACGUCUCCAAAUUUUCAGCAUUCAUAGGCUGGCCCCAUUUCUUCUUGGUUAACAUUUAGAGGCACGCCUAAACUUAGAAGCACACCUCUCUAAACCAAGGAGACACUUAAAGAGAAAAGGAGUAAAGAUGGUGAUGGGCUUACAAAGAGCAACGUAAUAGUGUCUUUGAAGCAAAAGCUAACUUAACGAAAACGUGGUCCCAAUUUCCUUAAAUCUGGAUCACCGUACGACUUCUGUAAUACUUAUUAUUUCCCCAGCUGGCAAAUAAACUGGAGUUCAAGUGGGAAAAAACAAGGUAUUGUUCAGAUUUAUGAUUUUUGGGGUCAAAGAUUCUGAGCAAUAACCUAUUAAAAAACCCAGCUUUUGAUUUGAGUAUUUAAGUACAUGGGAGGAACGUAUGGAUCUGGAGUGGUGGUAAAUACAGAGCAUGUUUGCUUCGCAAAGCAGAUUAGCUCAUACUUAAUGAUAGAGUAAAUCUGUUGGGCCAUGACUCAAUGCACCCAAAUUCUCUAGAUUGCUAUGUCUCUACUCGCUAAGCCUUCGGGAACAACAAGCACAGAACUUUUAGGGUGCUGUCUCACUGAUGUCCGCGUUAGUUCUGGUAGUCCAGGUCAAGAUUAUACCAAAGAUUCAGGACUUAAAUUUCUGCAGAAUGUAAGCCCCUUUCCAAGUUCUCUGCUUUACUGUAUCCUGUUUAUUUUCAAACUCAAAUGGAAAAAAAAACGAAACAAAACCUUGGGCUUCAAGAGGCAUCCUGCCGCAAGGCCCAGCGAUGUGAAUUUUCAACAACCGUCUCAGGCAGAUUUCAUGCUGAUGGUUCAGGCACUAAACUUUGAAAAACACAGUAUCACAGAGUAGGGAUGGUGAUGUAAGAGUCAUCUGUAAAAGCUGUGCUGUUUUGGCAGCCUGGGAGGCUAAGGUUUAGUCUGGGCGACUAAGGUUUAGUCCGGGCUGUAUUCACACCCAAAACAACUAAAAAAGCGGAGGAGUCUUUGAGUCAAUCCCUGAAGCUCCGGCUAAGAGGAAACUCGCCCACGCUCCAGGGCAGCGGCGCCGGCUCCACCUCAGCCACGGCUGUCUCAAGCUUCUCGGGGUUUUCCGCCGGCUCCACCCGAGCCACAAGUCUACAGGGCUCCUCGGAGAUUUCCGCCGGGACGCAAGACCCACCGCCAAGGGUUGGUACCUCCUAGAGAACAGCGAAGCGCAUCCCGAGGGCCGCCGGCCGGAAGCGCCCUCCAGACCCGCCCCCUGCCCUCCGGAGCCGGAAGCUGGGCAUCGGCAGCCGGCUCGGCGCACUCCACUGACCGCCCCGACGAUGCUCCGCGCGCCCGGCUGCCUCCUCCGGACCUCCGUAGCGCCUGCCGCGGCCCUGGCUGCGGCGCUGCUCUCGUCGCUUGCGCGCUGCUCUCUUCUAGAGCCGAGGGACCCGGUGGCCUCGUCGCUCAGCCCCUAUUUCGGCACCAAGACUCGCUACGAAGAUGUCAACCCCGUGCUAUUGUCGGGCCCCGAGGCUCCGUGGCGGGACCCUGAGCUGCUGGAGGGGACCUGCACCCCGGUGCAGCUGGUCGCCCUCAUUCGCCACGGCACCCGCUACCCCACGGCCAAACAGAUCCGCAAGCUGAGGCAGCUGCACGGGUUGCUGCAGGCCCGCGGGUCCAGGGAUGGCGGGGCCAGUAGUACCGGCAGCCGCGACCUGGGUGCAGCGCUGGCCGACUGGCCUUUGUGGUACGCGGACUGGAUGGACGGGCAGCUAGUAGAGAAGGGACGGCAGGAUAUGCGACAGCUGGCGCUGCGUCUGGCCUCGCUCUUCCCGGCCCUUUUCAGCCGUGAGAACUACGGCCGCCUGCGGCUCAUCACCAGUUCCAAGCACCGCUGCAUGGAUAGCAGCGCCGCCUUCCUGCAGGGGCUGUGGCAGCACUACCACCCUGGCUUGCCGCCGCCCGACGUCGCAGAUAUGGAGUUUGGACCUCCAACAGUUAAUGAUAAACUAAUGAGAUUUUUUGAUCACUGUAAGAAGUUUUUAACUGAAGUAGAAAAAAAUGCUACAGCUCUUUAUCAUGUGGAAGCCUUCAAAACUGGACCAGAAAUGCAGAACAUUUUAAAAAAAGUUGCAGCUACUUUGCAAGUGCCAGUAAAUGAUUUAAAUGCAGAUUUAAUUCAAGUAGCCUUUUUCACCUGUUCAUUUGACCUGGCAAUUAAAGGUGUUAAAUCUCCUUGGUGUGAUGUUUUUGACAUAGAUGAUGCAAAGGUAUUAGAAUAUUUAAAUGAUCUGAAACAAUAUUGGAAAAGAGGAUAUGGGUAUACUAUUAACAGUCGAUCCAGCUGCACCUUGUUUCAGGAUAUCUUUCAGCACUUGGACAAAGCAGUUGAACAGAAACAAAGAGACAGAGUCUUCAGUCUGUGGCCCAGCCUGGAGUGCAGUAGUGCCAUCACAGCUCACUGCAGCCUCGAACUCAGCUCAAGUGUUCCUCCCACCUCAGCCUCCCAAGUAUCUGGGACUACAGGCACACUCCACCAUGCCUGGCUAAUUUUUAAGUUUAUUGUAGAGAUGGGGUCUCUACAUCUGUAUUGUAGAGAUGGGCUCAAGUGGUCCUCCUACAUCAGUCUCCCAAAGUGCUGGGAUUACAAGUAUGAGCCACUGCACCCGGCCCUUUCCCAGAUUUUAAACCAUUUAGACCCAAGCAAUCCAUGUUCACACUUUUGUUUGUUGUACUGGGGGAAUAAAUAUUUGUUCAUUAAAAUGACAUCCUUCUGAAUUGGGUAAUGCUACUGGUAAAGUUGAAUUUGGAUAUUUAUUUUACAUUAUUUCUAAGAUGGCUAAUGUGGAAAAUUAAGUUGGAAUGAAAGUAUAGAUUUUUCUCUGCAUUAACAAUUUGGGUGCUUUGGGAAACUUUUUCAACAAAUAUUCUGGAAAAAAUACAGUUUUGAUGUAAAUUAGAGAAGUAUAUACUGGUGAAAUAUAUCCUUGGAUAUAUACAGAUAAGAAAAUCUAUUUAAUUGAUAAAAAGGUUGUUAAUUGGAAACAGCUAAUUUUGCUCCAGCCAUAGUUGCUCUUCCUUUGAGAAACCAUUAGUUUCUUUUUCUUUUUCCUAUUUUUUGUGUUUUUUUUAAAUUAUUAUUUUUUGAGAUACAGUCUCUGUCACCCAGGCUGGAGUGCAAUGGCACAAUCAUGGCUCACUGCAGCCUUGACCUCCUGGCCUCAAGUGAUCCUCCCACAUCAGCCUCCCAAGUAGCUGGUACUACGGAUGUUUGACACCAUGCCCUGAUAAUUUUUUUUUAUCUUUUGUAGAGACAGGGUCUCAAUAUGUUGCCCAGGCUGGUCUUGAACUCCUAGGCUCAAGCAAUCCUCUCACCGCAACCUCCCAAAGUGCUGGGAUUGCAAGUGUGAGCCACCACACCUGUUGGAUUCUUUCUCUUAGAUAUUUUUCUGUCUUUUGCCUUCCUGAGAUGAGAAGCCUAGUUUUGGUGAGACAGGGUAGUGUUUUUUUCUCUUCUGUCUGUGCAGCUUUGCUCCCUGAAGCUUUCUGUCAGUAUUUGCAUUACGAAAAUUAGGUUAAGGGCCUGGUUUUCUAAUUAGUCUAUUUUAGAUAGUCACACCACCCAGUGCCAUUUAUAGUGGGAAGAAACAACUGUCUCAGCUUUUCUUCCUACUUCAGUGCUAUGAGACUGAAAAGACUCUGAGAAGAGAAAUUGAGAUCCUUGGGGCAGGACAUAAAAAAGUAAGAUAGAAACAACAGCCUUCUCUGCCUUUUCCUUGCUAAGAGAUAAUACACAAAACUCCCAGAUUUAGAUAUAGGUUCCAGAAGCAGCUAGGAUUCUAUUAAUACAUCCCUAUUACUCUGGUUGCAAGACUUCAGGUUUUUCUAGUUAGGAAAAUGAGGGUAGACCAGCCAACACUGUGGAACUUUUCAAAUAGACUGCCAAUUUUUGCCUCAGUCACCUGCUGGAGAUAGGAAAGUCAGUAAUACUCACUUUUCAAGUCUAGUUGCUAUCAGCCUAGCUCUUGAAAAAUAGCUGGAAGCAUGGAAGCAUGGCUUUCCUCCAGCCCUGUGGCCUACAUGAUGUUUCAAAGGAUUGUUUAACAGGUCUAAAAACUGAUUAUGUAAACGAAAAAUAAAAUUCUAAGCCCCCCAACUGACUGAAUGGACCCCUUCUUGGCUAAGGAAUUCCAAGAAACCUGAACAACUAGUUCAAGCCAUCACAGGAUGAAGGGGUUGGACAUACCUUGUUACAUCCUCCCUUUGAAGUUCAGGAACAACUGACCAGCAUUAAUGUGAAAAUAGAGAUCAUAACAGUGACAAAACAGACUGUAGCAAUAAGAUACCAAAUUCCAACCUGACUCUGGUACAGGAUCACAUAACAGCAGGCCCUGAAGGAAAUCAAAGCAUUUUACCCCAAAAUAAAUUUCUUUGACAUAUUUUGAAAUGGCCCUGCAAAGCUGUCUCUUGUGGACGAAAUCUGCAUUCUGUAGAGAAUCUCCUUCCCUUGCUAGGUCUUUUCCAGAGUCUGACAAGAGAUAUUUACCAUCUAUUCUGUCUGAAGCCUGCUACAUGGAGGCUUCAUCUACAUAAGAAUCUUGGCUUCCACAGCCUCCCCCAACUUUAACAUUUGUUUAUGCUGACUUCAACUCUUCAGUCAAAGCUUAACUCCUUCAACCAAUUGCCCAGGUAGGAAAUCUUGGAAUCCACCUAUGACCUGGAAGCCCUCCCACAUCAAGAUGUCCUGCCUUUCUGGGCUGAAUCAGUGUAUACCUUCCAUGUAUCAAUUUCUGUCUUUGCUUGUAACUUCUGCCUUCCUAAAAUGUAUAAAACCAAGAACUGUAACCCAAACACGUUGGGCGCAUGUUCUCAAGACCUCUUGAGGCUGUGUCAUGGGCGGGGUCCUUAACCUUGGCAAAAUAAGCCUAAAUCGAUUGACAUCUGUCUCAGAUACUUUUUGGUUUAAAUUACAAAGUAUUUUAUAAGCACUAUUAUAGACCUGGGUACAUGUAUUUGUUGGUAUUUGUGCAAACACAGGUGAGUAAAGUCCAGUCUUAAAAGAAAAUCAUCUCAUAGAGCAUAAUGUAUCAAAGUACUUUGUAAUUCUCAAUACUCAGCAAUGUACCUGAUGUUAAGUAAUCUGUAAAAUAAAUCAUGUAUUAAUAGUUGCCAUUAGGUAAGAGAAAUAGCUACACUUGCCAAGCACUAUAGGUUGUACUUUGUUUUUCUACUUAAUCCUCUUUACAGCACUGUGAAGUUGCUAGUAUAAAACCCAUUUUGCAGAUGAGAAAAUGAGGUCGUUUCAACUUUGUAUUGAAGAUCCUGUAGUAGACAGAAUAAUUGAUGAAUGAUGAAUCAAAGAAAUGCUAGAAAACGCCAGAUGACUCUUGGUAGCUGCUGCCUCUGACCUUUUUUUUUUUUUUUUUUUUUUUGAGAGGGAGUCUAGCUCUAUCACCCAGGCUGGAGUGCAGUGGGGCAAUCUUGGAUCACUGCAACCUCCGCCUCCAGGGUUCAAGCGGUUCUCCUGUCUCAACCUCCCGAGUAGCUGUGAUUACAGGCAUGUGCCACCACAUCCAGCUAAUUUUUAUAUUUUUAGUAGAGAUGGGAUUUCACCAUGUUGGCCAGGCUGGUCUUGAACUCCUGACCUUCAGUGAUCCACCUGCUGCCUCAGUCUCCCAAAGUGUGGUAUUACAGGCAUGAGACACCACACCUAGCCUGGGCAUAUAUUUAAACCUCGUAAGAGAAGAGCCCAAAGUGCAGAGAACUGGCGUCAGCAGUCACAUAUUAUGACAAUGUUGAGUUUGACUGAUCUUCCUUCUUUGACCUGUUUAUACAAGAAUAGGGUAUAUGAAAGAAGAAGGUACCUUUUUUUUUUUUCCGCAUAAUAAGCACUAUUCAAAUUUGUUAACAGCAAUAUCAGUGGUUGAAGUGGAAUUUGGACCUAGUUUAUUUGGGGUGUUUUGAUGUGCACAUUGUUCCAGUAACAUAGAAUGAUUGCAACUAAUUCUUGAUUCUGCACACUACUGCAAUAAAAAAUGUUUUGAA